GACGCCGAGGCGGAACGACAUUUUAUGAAGUGACACCAGUCAUGUCUGCUACAAAGUCUUCCCCUUUGUUUUAAACCCUUCAUAAUUCCAUGCAAACAUGAACAGGACGCAGCUGAAGCGCUCCAGUAUUUUGAGGAUGGCCGGCACGGAAAUAGUGGACCAAGACGGACUCGUAGAGACCUUCGUGUUCCGCGCUUUGAGGAUCGCGGCCGUGGUGGCGCUGUACUGGUUCAUCUCCAUCACCAUGGUGUUCCUCAACAACCACCUGCUGGACAACCACGACCUGGACGCGCCGCUCUUCGUCACCUUCUACCAGUGCCUGGUGACGGUGGGACUGUGCUGGCUCAUGCAGUUGUUGUCUGCCCUCAACCCCAGAUUGAUCGACUUCCCGUCGGUGAAAUUGGACCUGAAGACGUCCCGGGAAGUUCUGCCCCUGUCGGUGGUCUUCAUCGGCAUGAUCACCUUCAACAACCUGUGCCUGAAACAUGUCGGCGUGGCUUUCUACACGGUGGGAAGAUCCCUCAGCACGGUGUUUAAUGUGCUGAUGUCAUACAUCAUCCUCAAACAGACCACUUCCUUCAAAGCCAUAUCUUGCUGCGGGCUGAUUCUUGGUGGAUUUUGGCUGGGUGUGGACCAGGAGGGCCUAGCAGGCUCCCUCUCCUGGUCAGGUGUUUUCUUCGGAGUGCUCGCCAGUGCUUGCGUCUCCCUCAAUGCCAUCUACACGAAAAAGGUGAUGCCCGCGGUGGAUGGCAAUAUUUGGAAACUGUCCUACUAUAACAAUAUCAACGCUUGCAUCCUCUUCCUCCCGCUCAUCCUUGUGUUCGGAGAGCUGGGCCGCGUGGCCAAUUUCAGUCGUCUGGCCGACGCGGGUUUUUGGGGCAUGAUGACGCUCGGAGGAGUGUUUGGCUUCGCCAUCGGCUACGUCACAGGCCUCCAGAUUAAGUAUACCAGUCCGCUGACACACAACGUCUCAGGCACAGCAAAGUCCUGCGCUCAGACUGUUAUCGCGGUAGUGUACAACUCCUCCAGUAAAAGCCUUCUGUGGUGGACGAGUAACAUGUUGGUUCUCUGCGGUUCUUCAGCCUACACAUGGGUCAGGAGUCGAGAAAUGAAGAGGACUCCCACUAAGCAGCCUCAGGAUUUCACCACAGAAAAACUUCUCGGUGAGAAAGGCAACAUAGGGGUAUAAAACACUCCUUUAAGUGACACCUCGUGGGAAAUACGUUUUUUUUUUUUAGGAUACAGGACUUGAAAUUUGCGGGGAUUAGAGGCUUUGACAGACUGUGGGUUUACAGAGAUUGUAUUUUAUAUAGCUUUGUAUUUAAUUCUAUUUGCUAGUGUUUGGGAUAUGCUGUCCAAUUACCUAUACAAUGAAGGACUUGAAUAAUUAAUAUAACAGUUCAGAACACAGGGGAAUUUGUUUUUAUUUACCAUAUUUUCUGGACUAUACAACACUCUGCGAUAUAAGCCGCACACACGAAAUGUUUGAAGGAAAACAUUUGUAUCCAUAUAUUAUCCGCGUCAGACUAUAAGCUAGGGCUGGGCGAUAUCUCGAUAUCUUGCGGCCAUGUCGCGAUACGUGAUAUAUAUCGCGAUAUUUCGCCUUAGCCUUGAAUGAACACUCGAUGCAUAUAAUCACAGCAGUAUGAUGAUUCUACGUGUCUACAUUAUAACAUUCUUGUUCAUACUGCAUUCAUAUAUGCUUAUUUUAAACUUUCAUUCCGAGACGGAGAAAUCACAGCUAAGUAAAUUUAGCAAAACUGUAUUUAUUAAACAGUUAUUAAACAGUGGCACAAACAUUCAUGUCAUUUCCAAAACAGAACGUGCAAGAUUAUCAGAGACAUUUUAAAACCAGCUAUUAGUGCACUUUUGUGCAUGAUGUCACUAAGAUUACAUAUAAAAAAAACACUAAAGUACAGAACGCCACUACAAUAGUUAAAAACAAAUUAAAGUGCACUUUUGUGCAUGAUGUCACACAAGAGAUUUCAAUAACUGUCAAAUAAAAAUGAGGUGCAUAAUAGGAAAUCAAACAGUCUAUGUCUUUCGUUCUGUGGUAGGUUCCCGCGGACGUUAUCUCCUGUCGUUCAUUUUUUUUCAUACGGUGUUGAUCUAGAAAUUGUUGCUUAGGCAUUUUGUGGGUGUGGCACGGAACGGAGAUGUUGACAUGCAGAGUUUCAAGCCCUCUUUAUUUUCUAGCGCAGUGGUUCUUAAAGAGGAACAUUAUCACCAAACCUAUGCAAGCGUCAAUAUAUACCUUGAAGUUGCAGAAAAAAGACCAUGUAUUUUUUUAACCGAUUUCCGAACUCUAAAUGGGUGAAUUUCGGCAAAUUAAACGCCUUUCUGUUUAUCGGUCUUUUAGCGAUGACGUCAGAACGUGACGUCACCGAGGUAACGCACCCGCCAUAUUCAUUUUCACAUUACAAACACCGGGUCUCAGUUCUGUUAUUUUCCGUUUUUUCGACUAUUUUUUGGAAUCUUGGAGUCGGUGUGUUGUCGGAGGGUGUAACAACACUAACAGGGAGGGAUUCAAGUUGCACCACUGGCAAGAAAUCUGCCGCCAGACCCCCAUUGAAUGUACCAGAGUGUCUUCACAUUUGUCCGGCGAUGCUAAGACAGACAUGGCACAGAGAUGUAUGGAUAACCUGCAGAUGCAUUUGCAACGAUUAAGUCAACUAAAUCACGAAGGUGAGUUUUGUUGAUGUUGUUGACUUAUGUGCUAAUCAGACAUAUUUGGUCACAGCAUGACUGCCACCUAAUUGAUGCUAACAUGCUAUUUAUGCUAGCUGUAUGUACAUUUGAAACUAGAUACCCACAUUUAUUGCGAAACAAACACUUACCAAUCGACGGAUUUAAGUUACUCCAGUGUCACAAGAUGCGAAAGUCCUGAUCGUUUGGUCUGCACAUUUUACCGGCGAUGCUAAUAAGGCAGCCAUGCUAUGGGCCACUUCAUUAGGUACACCCACGCUAUGGCCGAAUAGCGUCAAUAGCUUUUCGCUCAAUAGCUUCAAUUUCUUCUUCAAUUUCGUUUUCGCUAUCUGCCUCCAUACGCCGACCAUCUGUUUCAAUACAUGCGUAAUCUGUUGAAUCGCUUAAGCCGCUGAAAUCCGAGUCUGAAUCCGAGCUAAUGUCGCUAUAUCUUGCUGUGGUAACCGCCAUGUUUGUAUUGGCAGCCCUGUAUGACGUCACAGGGAAAUGGAUAGUGGUUUCGAAGAUAGCGAAAAUAAGGCACUUUAAAGCUUUAUUUAGGGAUAUUCCGGGACCGGUAACAUUUUGAAAAAAACUUCAAAAAAUACAACAAGCCACUGGGAACUGAUUUUUAUUGUUUUCAACCCUUUUGAAAUUGUGAUAAUGUUCCCCUUUAAAAACCAAUUAAAGUGCACUUUUGUGCAUGAUGUCACACAAGAGAUUUCAAUAACUGUCAAAUAAAAAUGAGGUGCAUAAUAAGAAAUCAAACAGUCUAUGUCCUUCGUUCUGUGGUAGGUUCCCGCGGACGUUAUCUCCUGUUGUUGAUUUUUUUUCAUACGGUGUUGAUCCAGAAAUUGUUGCUUAGGCAUUUUGUGGGUGUGGCACGGAACGGAGAUGUUGACAUGCAGAGUUUCAAGCCCUCUUUAUUUUCUAGCGCAGUGGCUCUUAACCAGGGUUCGAUCGAACCAUAGGGGUUCGGUGAGUCCACCUAAGGGGUUCGGCCGAGGUCAAAACACACCCGACUUUUCGUGUGAAUACAAACUUCUCCCUGUUGGCAUAUUACGGAUACAGCAACAGCUGAUUGAUUUGCAGGUGUGUAAUUUGUUGUGAGUUUAUGCAUCUUGUUUGAACAAGAUGAUGUUCAUGCACGGUUCAUUUUGUGCACCAGUAAAAAAAUAUGGUAACACUUUAGUAUAGUGAACAUAUUCACCAUUAAUUAGUUGCUUAUUAACAUGCAAAUUAGCAACAUAUUGGCUCUGAACUAGUCAUUACGUACUAAUUACUAAUUAAUUGGGCAUGGCCUUAUUAUAACCCUAACCCUCUAACCCUGACCCUAACCCUAACCAAAUAACUCUAAAUUAAGUCUUUAUUACUUAGAAUAUGUUCCCCUAGUGUCCAAAAAACUCAAAAUUAAGUCUUUGUUACUUAGAAUAUGUUCCCCAUACUAAAGUUUUACCAAAAUCAUACAACUUUGUCCUGAAUUUGCAAUUUUUUUUUUUUUUAAUUUUUCACUAAAGAAUAGUACAGUGAAUGCGCAUAUGAAACUGGUGGGGUUCGGUACUUCCAACAAGGUUAAGAACCACUGCUCUAGCGGAUGACUUUUCAAAUGAUGCUACAUUAGCAGUAAUGCUACUUUUCGUAGCAACGCUUUUGCCGCAUAAUUGUUCAACAUCUUCCCGCUUGAAGCCAAACCACCGCCAGACGAUGGACCCUGUGCUGUUUUUCUUGGGAAUGAAUUAUUCCUCCAUUUGUUACCAGAUUCGCACCUUCUCUCUCUCGUAUUACCACUCGCAGUGCACCAUUAGCAUCACAGCUAAUGUUACCCAUGUAGCUACUUCUCUGCUCGGGGAGGGCCUGUGAUGUUGCACGUGUGACGUAUGUAAGAAGAUGCGCUUGUUUGUCUCUGAGAAAGAGAGACACGGGAGAGUGGGAAACGCAUGCAGCGUAACGCCCACAACUAAAAGCAACUGUGUGAGAACAUAUACUUGAAUAUCACGAUAUAGUCAUUUUCUAUAUUGCACAGAGUUAAACCCGUGAUAUAUCGAUUAUAUCGAUAUAUCGUCCAGCCCUAGUAUAAUAUAGUUGUAUACUUUGUGAAAUUUGUUAUUUAAACGAAAAUAUUUCCUAAAUGUUUAUUUACAUCCCUGAAUUGUUUCCAAUUGGUGUCUGUAACACGGCAGUAAAACGGCUGACCAAGCAAAACAGAAGUCAUCGUCAUGGAUCCACUAGCUGCGGAUUUAGCUCUCCAAUAAGCUAAAAAAAACUCAAUAACUCCACUGUACUGUUUUUGGUGAAUUAACCGAGGAGUUUGUGGAAUUGAAACAAUACAAAAAGAAUGCGGUUGUAAGUUAAAGGUGCUGUUUGCAACUUCCUCACUGCAAAAAACUUGACAAGAAAACCAAUAGCUGGCUUAUGUUAACAUUAGCAGUUUAACAGAACGCCUUUGUAUGACAAUUUUCUAUAUUUUUUACAAUUACAAAGUUAAUGUACUAUGUUUGUUAUACAACAUGUACGCGCAUGGAGGCCGUGCACACAUACAAAAGCAGUCGAAGAGAAGCAACAAUUUGUAGUCAUGUUAUGAUAAAAUAUACAUUGACAGCUAACACUACCUAUCCAAAUUGCUAUUAUUAGUUAACACCUAAAGCUAAUGCGCGUGCAUGUGUUACCUACGUACCUAAAUUCUGUCAUUACGUAUGAGGGCGGGAGUUACUGUGUAAAAUACAAUGGAAAGUUAGCGCCUUCUAGGCAUCUGUGUAAAUGUUGCCAACAGCCCCUUUAAUAAUACUAACACAGACACUCGUAGACAUGUUAGCUAACGCUAAUGACGCUAGCUGCAUUACGUUGCUAUAGCACAAUGGUUCCCAAACUUUUGCAGGCUGGCGCCCCCUUGGCUCCCUAGUGAAUUCCUAGCGCCCCCCCACAGACACAUAUGGAAACAAACACCUCUUUCUUGAUAUUUGGUAUGCUGCAAUUUGAAAAGAGAAAGGUUAAACACAAAUGUGUAUUUCACAAAUAAAACCCAAUUUAGUUAACCAAUAGCUUUUAUAAUUUGGUCAGGUGACUUGUGUAGAACUGUGUGUAGAACCUUUCUUACUGCUGGCAGAAUAAGCUCUUCUCCAAUUGUAUGAGGCUUACCAGAUCUAGCAAUCAGCAAAGAGAUGUAUGACGCUCGCAAACCGUCAGUAGAUUGUUGUAAAAUGCUGUCAAAUAUAUUUCCGAUGGUUUUCCGUUUCCGAACGUUGUCUCGGAGUGACUGAAAAUAUGCCAAGUUUUUGUCUGCUUUAUCAGAGUGCAUUUUCUUUAAAUGUUCCAAAAGCUUCGAAGGUUUCAUAGCUUCAUUUGAAAACACUCUAUCACACAGUAGACACAUUGGUUGCUGUUGGUUGUGUGGUGCUGCGACAAAUCCAUAUUUCAGAUAUUCCACACUAUAUUGCCGACACUUCUUUUUUGUUUGCUGUACCAAGGCCAUACUUUAUUCUGGAACAAAAAAAUAAAACCAUGUAAAAUACAGCAUUUUAUCGCAUUUCAUAAAUAGGCCUACUUAAAGACAAAAAUGACAACAUUGAAGGUAUGUAAAGCAAUUUACCCUCUCACGUAUUCAUUUUCUUCCAUUUACUCACAGAAAAUGGUGGCGGACGUGAUCUAAGGCACGCCACCCUCGCCACCCACACAAUGACACACGCGCGAACACGCAUAUAUGCACACACACACAUGCACACACAGGUACAAAGUCAUAUACAUUCCUAACAAUAUAUAUCAGUGAAUGCACCACCCUAACCAGCUCAACACAACACGGCGCGUUCUGGCGAGUCCCCAAUUUCAUGUUGACUUGAACUCAAGAUGAUGUUGACCGCCAGAAUGCGGUUUUUAUUAUAAGAUAAAAUUCUGAACAUUACAAGCUUGAAAUUACAAACCUGAGCUUUUGCUUUUGUAAUCUAUGCUGUCGGAUCUGACUGGGCCAGAGCGGCGUGUGGUAACCGGACCCUGAUGCGUCGUCCACUGACUCGUCCUGCUGCACGUGUUGUGUACAAAUCGUCAAACAAACGUUCGAACUUCUGACUUUGACUUCGGACUGCCGCCCCCCUACCGCCCCCUUCUUCCUCACCGCCCCCCCAGAUCUUUCCACUGCCCCCAGGGGGGCGGUACCGCCCACUUUGGGAACCACUGCUAUAGCACGUGUGCAAGUAUGCAUAAAACACUCCAACAGACAUCACACAUGCAACGGUUUAGUCUGUGUGAAUUGCUUAAGUUAAACUGUGAAAUGUUGCUUAGGGGGAUGAAUGAAGAAUGUUUUUGAGCAAAAUUGCUAUGGACGGUUUUACUUCCGGUUUAAGGCAUUAAAACAGUAAGUACAUUUUCAACCUGCAGUGAGCGAAAUUAUCCGAAAGAUGGUGCCGUAGCACAAGCAAUAUCACACAAUGUCAGUCCUUUGCGUGGGUUUGAUGAAAACUAUCGAACACAAAACAUCAUGGUAAUUAGCGAGGGGUGGUGGUGGUGUGGGGGGGGGACAAUAAAUUAGCCGCAACGCUUUGUGAGCCGCAGAGUUCAAAGCGUACGAAAAAAGUUGCUUUUUGCAGUCCGGAAGUUAGGGUAUACUGUAUCAUACCAAUAUAUAUUGAAAGAAAGUAAGAGUGAUUACGUUUUUUGUUGAGUUAAUUAAGAACUUAAUUGAACAGGGUUCAUGUAUAGAAAAGUUUGUAUAGUAUAGAACAGGGGUCACCAACCUUUUUGAAAGCAAGAGCUACUUCUUGGGUACUGAUUAAUGCGAAGGGGCUACCAGUUUGAUACACACUUAAAUAAAUUGCCAGAAAUAGCCAAUUUGCUCAAUUUACCUUUGUUAUUAUUAAUAAUUAAUGAUAUUUAUUUUUGUGGAAACACUGAUCAUCUUAAUGAUUUCUCACAAUAAAUAUAUAUUUUUGAUGACAUGUUUUAAAUAAGUUAAAAUCCAACCAGCACUUUGUUAGAAUAUAUAACAAAUUGGACUAAGCUAUAUUUCUAACAAAGACAAAUCAUUAGUUCUUCUAGAUUUUCCAGAACAAAUUUUUUUUUAAAGAAAUUCAAAAGACUUUGAAAUAAGAUUCUACAGAUUUUCUAGAUUUGCCAGAAUAUUUUUAUUUUAUUUUAAUCAUAAUAAGUUUGAAGAAAUAUUCCACAGAUAUUCUUCGUCGAAAAAACAGAAGCUAAAAUGAAGAAUUAAAUGAAAAUGUAUUUAUUAUUCUUUACAAUAAAAAAAAGUAAUUUACUUGAACAUUGAUUUAAAUUGUCAGGAAAGAAGAGGAAGGAAUUUAAAAGCUAAAAAGGUAUAUGUGUUUAAAAAUCCUAAAAUCAUUUUUAAGGUUGUAUUUUUUUCUCUAAAAUUGUCUUUCUGAAAUUUCUAAGAAGCAAAGUAAAAAAACAAGUUAAUUUAUUUAGACAAGUGAAGACCAAGUCUUUAAAAUAUUUUCUUCGAUUUUCAAAUUCAAAUGCAAAUGUGUGCACAAUUUCAACAAACCAACAAUACAAACUUAAGAAGUUUCACUUGUUUACAUUUGCACAGAAGACAAUAAUUUUCGCAGGACUAUUAUCAAUGUGAACAAGACUCCUAGGUACUUGAACUCCUCCACUUGGGGCAGGGUCUCCUCCCCAACCCGGAGAUGGCACUCCACCCUUUUCCGGGCGAGAACCAUGGACUCGGACUUGGAGGUGCUGAUUCUCAUUCCGGUCGCUUCACACUCGGCUGCGAACCGAUCCAGCGAGAGCUGAAGAUCCCGGUCAGAUGAAGCCAUCAGGACCACAUCAUCUGCAAAAAGCAGAGACCUAAUCCCGUGGCCACCAAACCGGAUCCCCUCAACGCCUUAACUGCGCCUAGAAAUUCUGUCCAUAAAAGUUAUGAACGGAAUCGGUGACAAAGGACAGCCUUGGCGGAGUCCAACUCUCACUGGAAAUGUGUCCGACUUACUGCCGGCAAUGCGGAUCAAGCUCUGGCACUGAUCAUACAGGGAGUGGACCGCCACAAUAAGACAGUCCGAUACCCCAUACUCCCUGAGCACUCCCCACAGGACUUCCCGAGACGUUGUAUCGAUCCGUUGUGGUGAAGAAGGAGCUGAGCCGGAAGGCAAAGCUCUCAAUUUACCGGUCAAUCUACGUUCCCAUCCUCACCUAUGGUCAUGAGCUUUGGGUCAUGACCGAAAGGAUAAGAUCACGGGUACAAGCGGCCCAAAUGAGUUUGGGUCUCUCCCUUAGAGAUAGGGUGAGAAGCUCUGCCAUCCGGGAGGAACUCAACGUAAAGCCGCUGCUCCUCCACAUCGAGAGGAGCCAGAUGAGGUGGUCCGGGCAUCUGGUCAGGAUGCCACCCGAACGCCUCCCUAGGGAGGUGUUUAGGGCACGUCCAACCGGUAGGAGGCCACGGGGAAGACCCAGGACACGUUGGGAAGACUAUGUCUCCCGGCUGGCCUGGGAACGCCUCGGGAUCCCCCGGGAAGAGCUAGACGAAGUGGCUGGGGAGAGGGAAGUCUGGGCUUCCCUGCUUAGGCUGCUGCCCCCGCGACCCGACCUCGGAUAAGCGGAAGAUGGAUGCAGCAUUUUAAAUGAGCUUACCAGUUGUUUAUUUUACUCCUGUUCGUUUGUUUUACGUUUGGUCGGGGGGGGGGACAUAAAGAACAGCAGUUUAUUUUAAUCAGCCCAAUUUUACUCUUGCCAAACUCAUCUCGCGGCUCACAUGUUUGACCCCCCUGCCCUAAACAGUACUGGACAUCAAACAAACAUAUCAAGGGGAUGCCACCCUGCCGACACGCACACACACUGUCACUAGCGCUGUGGUGCACUCACAGUUUGCAAUCACAAAACUCCUUUACUUUGACAGCCGGGUGACAACAAUGAUUAGGAAUAAAAAAUAUAAUCUACUUCGCCUUGUCGGUUAAUCUUCUUUGAAGGAAGAAAGAGGCGUGGGGAGGCAGUUUCGACAACGCUGAAUGUUUGAAACCACACAUCGUUAGUCCGUUGCUUUCUUUGGACUUGCAGCUAGCCGAACUAGAAUGAUGUAUUAAAAAGGCUGAAACGCGAUAGGUGGGUGGAAAGGUACGUAGACAAGGGUCUUUGGGUCUUUCUUCUUUGGUUCGUAAAUCCUAAAGUUCUUACAAUGAGGGGUUUGAAAAUCAAGGUUCCACUGUGCUUCAAAUGCUUCAUGUUGGGUUUGUUGUUGAAAUAAAAUAUUUGGUAUAGUA